CGUCCCGCUCGGCCGUUUUCGCGCCCCUCGGACCCUCUCGCCGUUCCCGCGCUAACAGGUGUCCCUUGUCCCUGUCGUUUGUGUGCCGCGCGAAGGGAUCCGACCCCGACCACCUCGCGUCCAUGUUCUUGCACCCGCUGCCGUUUCGCCGAUUACAGAUGAAUGGAUACUUCUGCAGUCGUAAAAAACCGCAGUUUAAAAUCAAGAUCUCGCUUGCUAUUCACACUUUCUGAUCGGGUAUUUCUAUGACUUCUAAAUACGUUUGAUUCGCAGUACUAACAUUUUCAACGUGCAUUAUGACCGAACUGUAGUGAUUUCAAACGGACACGCUUAACACUUCACAUCAACGCGGUUGUGUAGCCCAUAAGUUAUCGCCGAUUUUUAAUUGAGACUCCCCGUAGUCGUCGUCAGUGUUUCAAAAACAAUAGACAUUUUCUUGUGCUGUGAAACUCGUUUGAGUUGAGAAACCUGGGAUUCAUCCCCAUCGGAAAAGUCCAAAUUCUGUGCUUUUGUGAUCGUUCGGGUUUGUGGAUUUUGACCUAGAUCAAGGAUUUGCCCGUGACCGCUGUCUCAGCAUCUAAAUGGACUCCCACUGAGAGAUUCCCGAUGCCGUGACGCACGGAACCGUCUGAGAUCCUCGGCGCCCGCACCGUAUCCUGAGGCUUCGGAACCCGCGAGGAAAUCCGGGAACAAUUAAGGGAGAAGUUGCUUGAGCGUCGAUUCCGGUGUCAUCCCGCCCGCUUUCGGGGAAGCUCCUCACAUGCGCGCCAUGCUUCAGCCGAGGACAAUAAUUGCCGAGUUAUGAAGUGCGCGCUGCGAGUAUGGAGUCGGGAGUGAAGUGUUGGGGGUUGGCGCGGGGUGUCUGAACGGGACAGGAAGUGCAACUCCUCAGACCCUCGAGACGUCUCGCUUUGCUCCUUUCGACGGAGCUCGUGCCGCGGGUCCUCGAAGCAGUGUGCAGUGCGCGCCGCGCUUUUUCGGGCAGACUAUCGGGUCCUCAACAGAGUCUUCCGCUAACCGGGAUGAUGCGCAAACUUCGCCUCUUCGGCAUCCUCCUCCUCCACCGUAUUCAUUUCUAAGAAAGGCAUCGAACCGGAAAACAAACGAUAAAUGGCCAGAAAAGGGUUACUUGCCCCCCAGAAUACAUUUUUGGAUACUAUAGCAACUCGUUUCGAUGGAACUCAUAGCAAUUUUGUUCUUGGCAAUGCUCAAGUGCCGACCCUGUACCCGAUCGUGUACUGUUCGGAUGGAUUUUGCGAGCUCACCGGGUUUGCGCGGGCGCAGAUCAUGCAGAAGGGAUGUGCCUGCAAAUUCCUCUACGGACAGGACACCGCCGAGGAGCACAAGAUCGAGAUCGACAACGCCCUCAAUACGAAAACAGAACUCAAGCGGGAGGUCAUCUUCUACAAGAAAUGUGGUUCUCCAUUUUGGUGCCUGUUGGACAUCGUCCCGAUCAAGAAUGAAAAACGGGAGGUGGUUUUGUUCCUCGCGUCUCACAAAGACAUCACCAAAACCAAAAUGGCCCAGCUGAAUCAGAAGGAAAUCAACGGCAAUGACCCAAUUGGUGAUGAAGACGAGGAGUUCGAGCCGCCUCCGUCCAACUGUGAUCGCCGUCGCAGCAGAGCUGUCCUCUACCAAUUGUCGGACCGCUUUCAGCACGACAAACCGAAAGCUAAAAGGACACUCUUAAAUGCACCACUGCCUGAGUAUAAAACAGCCGCUGUGAAGAAGUCCUGUUUUGUACUGUCACAUUAUGGUGUUUUCAAAAGCUGCUGGGACUGGCUCAUUCUCAUUGCUACUUUCUACGUAGCUAUCGUUGUUCCUUACAAUGCAAGUUUUGUUAACUCAGACCGUCCGUCGAUGGUCAGUGAUGUAGUGGUUGAAUCACUAUUUAUUUUAGAUAUUAUUUUAAAUUUUCGUACAACUUUUGUAAGCAAAAAAGGUGAAGUAGUAUCAAACUCCAAACUAAUAGCAAUCCACUAUGUUAAAAGUUGGUUCAUCGUGGACCUCUUAGCUGCACUGCCUUUUGAUCUACUUUAUGCUUCCGAUGUUUACAGUGGAGAUGAACCAAGUCCUGGUCAAAUCCAUCUUUUAAAAUUAACUAGGUUACUAAGGUUGGCUAGAUUACUCCAAAAAAUGGACCGGUACUCACAGUACAGUGCCAUGAUUCUAACUUUGUUAAUGCUGUCAUUCACGCUUGUGGCACAUUGGUUGGCCUGUAUUUGGUAUGUGAUCGCUGAAAAAGAAAGAGCACGCAACGACAAAGAUUGGGAUUUAGGUUGGUUGCAUACUCUAUCUGAGAGGCUGAGGGUGAAUGUCACCAGUAUAUCUCAUUCGGAAUCUUAUAUCACAGCUUUGUAUUUUACCUGCUCAAGCCUUACAAGUGUUGGAUUCGGAAAUGUCUCCGCAAAUACCAGUGCCGAAAAAGUUUUCAGUAUUCUAACUAUGCUCAUUGGUGCUCUGAUGCAUGCUGUAGUCUUUGGUAAUGUAACGGCAAUCAUCCAACGAAUGUAUUCUCGACGUUCUAUGUAUCAGUCAAAGUGGCGGGACUUGAAGGACUUCCUGAUGCUUCAUCAAAUCCCAAAAGAGCUAAAGCAACGAAUGCAGGACUAUUUUCAAACUAUGUGGUCACUCAAUCAUGGAAUAGAUAUUCAUGAGGUGAGAGAGACGCUGAAAGAAUUUCCGGAAGAGUUACGUGGAGAUGUUUCGAUGCAUCUUCAUCGGGAAAUUCUCCAGUUGCCAAUUUUUGAAGGCGCCUCGCAGGGAUGUCUAAAGCUUCUAUCACUACAUAUCAGGACUAACUUUUGUGCUCCAGGAGAGUUUUUGAUUCACAAAGGAGAUGCACUCUAUUCAAUUUAUUACCUCUGUAAUGGCUCUAUGGAAGUGAUUCAAGAUGGAAUGGUUGUCGCUAUCCUAGGCAAAGGUGAUUUAGUAGGCUGUGAUAUAAAUAUGUGGUUACAAGGCUCAGGGAAUGGGGGUGGUGGCGGCGGCGUUGUCGCAGACUCUGGACGACCCUUAGAUCAGGUCGUCGUCAAAUCUAGCUGUGAUGUCAAAGCUCUAACAUACUGUGAUCUCAAGUGUAUCAAUAUCCAAGGCCUGGUUGAGGUACUCAGGCUCUAUCCCGAGUACCAGCAGGAAUUUGCGAAUGACAUUCAACAUGAUCUCACCUAUAACCUCCGUGAAGGCUAUGAGGCUGAGGAAGCUGAUAUGAAUGGAAUGCCAUCAUUAACGCUGCCUUCCAUCAGCGAGGAUGAUGAAAAUGUACCUGAAGAGGGAGAAACCUCGCCGCUCUCUCCUCCAACACGAUCACCAGUCCAUCAUUCAACGGUUACAUAUAGUCCAAGACAUGCCAAAUUCAACAGCAGAUUGGAAAAGCUGAGGAGUCAAGCUAGGGGAGAUAGUGAACAGAAGCGAUUAAAUAUUGACCGCCUUGAUACACAAGUAACCUCUCUGCAUCAUCAUGUCGCAACGCUUAGUCAAGAGGUAAAGAACGCUAUUCAUGCUUUGCAAGAGCUAGCAACUACUAGUAGUCAUGUUGUAUCCAGCCGGUAUCCAUUUCCACUUCCAGCUCACUCUAACCCCAACAUAACGAACGAAUCCAAUAGAAGCCAAAAUUCUAGCGUCCUCCAAAGGAGUUCAUCACAUCCUCCUGAAAUGUUCGGCUGGGAGUCGGUUGACGGUGAAAAACCUGUCGUCUGUGAUAACUGCACCCAGACGGACCUCGACCUGUACAAACUUUUUGUCCAACGCCAUGCUCAAACAGUACUCUCUUGGUUAGGCCUAAACCCUGAGUUAAUUUUAAAUAAUAGAUCAUUAGUAUCCCAAGACCAUGUUGUUCAUAUCGAUGAUAACACGAGACAUGACAGCAGUAGGCAUCUAGCGAAUAUGUUGAGUAACUUCGAGCAGCAGCGAAGGGCAGACUUGCUGAAAUUGAUGCUUCCGCCAAAGUGCUACUCUUCGCAAAGCCAUAGUUUCAGCGCCGAUGAUUUGGUUGCCAAAUCAGCAGGGACGAGUAAUGGGACACAGAUCGGCCAUUCGCUGCCCUCCUCACAGUCUUUGAAAUUUCACCCGCUUAGCUGAAUACUUGUGUUUCUUUGUCCUCUCUUGUUGCCUGUGCACAAUGUUGUCAGUAAGAGCAAGAACCAAGGUGAUGCAUUUUUGACUUAUCUCAUGGUUUCCAUCCAUCUGACAACAAUGCCUAUCUCAAUAAUUCUACUCUUUUAGGCUCUUUUGUUAUUUCUUUUUAAGGUUUUCCUUUGAGUGCGGGCACUCAAUUCAAAGUAGAUUAAGAAAAUAUUAUGGAUUUUGUGAAGAUUUAACCGCAGGUACGGACUCUCAGCCAAUUAACAUAAAUAGAAUGCCUAUACCUAGAAGGGAGGCUCCUCUGUUUUUGAGUAUGUAUCUCUUCAGUGAAAGUUUUCUAAAUAUUGAAAUAAAUGGGCCAGCAGAUGAUGAGAUAUCAAUUAAAUCAUUAUGUACUGUGCUACUUUUCUAAAUUGUUUACUAAAGAAAAACGAAGGUUUAGAGAAUUAAAACCUUAAUAAAUGUUUGCAGUAUAAAUACCUAAUAUAAUUGAGGAACUGCAAGAUUCCAUCAUCAAUUUUUUUCAUUUUGCAUUUAUCAAUGUUAGUUGUUUUUCAAAAUAUUCCACUCAGAAGAUGAUCAUCAAAAUUUUUUCUAUGCAUGCACUUCAUUUUUCUCGUGAAAUUUUGAUGAGGAAGAUAUAAUAUCAUAGUGCUGAUAUGAAUAACUUUUCUGCUCGCCCAUUUCAUCUUCUGAAAGGUGCCAAGUAGGUACAGAUUGUACUCCCUAUGAAGCACCUAUUCUGAGAUCAUAUCGAUAUCUACGUUUACCAGCAAAACAGAGUAAGUGCAAAGGCAGUUUUAAGUUUUUUUUUUUUUGUUUUUUUUUUCAUAUUUUACAGUCAUGACCUCACAGGUCUGAUUAGACAAACUCACUCCUGUCUUUCUAUUUCUAAUCAAUCAUGCAGCUACAUACUAGCUGUUAGCAUAUUUUUUCGUCUACAAUUUUUACUGUUUGAUAAAUUCUUCCAAAUCUAGUUGUCUAGAUCUUUUGAAUUUUCUUCGACAUUUUUCAGCCUUGCUGAAGACAACCUAAAGAAAAUCAAAACCUCUAGUUCGCUAUCAUAUGAGAAUUUCUAUGUCUGGAAUCAAUACUGUUCACCCAUCAAUGUUAGAGUAUCCUGCGUUGUUUUUCUUCUCUUUCUAGGGAUGUUGCUUCUUCAAAAAAAUGAGAGCAUAUCUCAUCAUUCGCCUCUCUUGGAAAUGAUAGGAUGUCAAUAGGAUGAGGUUUGAAAAUCGGCAAGAAAUAUAUCCAAAAAGCCACACAGAAUUGCUAAGUUUUUUAAUUUAUUAACUUUUAAAAUGACAUAGUAGCUUGAAAUGAAAGCUUAUCUUGGAAUUUUCUCAUAAAUAUUCCUAAUAGUGACAUCUCUGCAGAGCAUGCACUAAAUGUAUUUAGAACAUGUAAAAGAAAAAGGGGGUGGAUAAUGAUUUGCAACCUAAGAUAGUACCUGUGAUACCUCGCUAAUGAACUGAAAAUCUUUGGAAAGUUUGAUGGAUUUUUCUAUUUUAAAGUUAUUGUAAAAAGUAAUAAUGCAGGAUGAAACAUCCAUUAUUUUAUGAACUUAAAGAUAGUGAGUUUUUGCAAAAUUAACUUAAAACCUUGCCAUCUGGUUCCCUUACUUUUUCAGAGGUGUAUGGAGUAAUGCAUGCAACAAAGGAAUGAUAUAUUGUUCUAAUGAACCUUACAGAGCAAAAAUAUCUCUUUGCUUUGGCAACAGUCAGCAAAGUGGUGUAAUAUUUUCAAAAUCCUGUCCUCCAGGGACAUGGAAGCAAAUUAAUUUUUUGAUGCAUCUGCCAGGAGGAGUAUAGUUAGCUCAGAGAAUUCCUCAACUUUCGUUUUUUGAUGCUACUUUAACUUUUAAUGAACUUUCAAACUUUCGCAUCACAAUAUUUGUUCCCUGUUCUUGUUAUUUGAAUUAAAUUUUAUUCUAUUUAAGUGUUUCUUAUGCUUUCCAAGAUUUUAGAACCUGUUUUGUUUUUUGUCUAUAAUUUUAAGGAUGAUCUGUGAUAAACUGUAGUUUUUUGUUUUAAAAUUCUAUUUAUUAAAUGUUAUUAUUUUUUAUGUCAUCAGUUUUGAAGGACCAUGUAAAUUUUUUGUUCUAAUACAAAAAUUCCUCUUUUGGGAAUGGAGUGGUAUCACUAAUGAGAGUUAGAUGUUAAGAAUGAGGAAUGAGGAAUGAUGGAUGAAUGAUAUAACAUUGAUUUUUUUGAGUUUCCAUGACCUUUACCUCAUCCUGUCUGAGUUUUAAUGUCCUAAGAUGAUUACCUGGAAGUGAACUUAUGUGCCGUAUAAACUAAUUGCACACUUUCAAUAAUCUUGUUUCAAGCUUUGACAUUUCUCACCAUUUAUUAUAGUAUGGAAUGAGGAAAAAUAUGAAAUGAGUGAUUUUGUUUUAGAGAUUUUUUCAUUGCCUCAAAAUUGUUACUUGGAAAUAUAAGCUAAAAUAGAGUGUUUGAAUUUUGAGUGAAAGGGAACAGUAUCAAACGUAUAACUGCAAUCUAUUUAAUCCAAAAAGUGUUGAGUUUAAAUGAUUAUCUUUGUCAAAUAUUAGGAAUGAUUCUUGUUCUUAUUUUUACCUUAGUGAUACCGCUCGGAAUUGCAAAAAUGGGAUCCUCCAGUCAAGUGUAAAUAAUUGUAUGAAAAGUUCCUUCUAGAUUCUGUCUUAACAGCCUUUUAAGUAUGACUCUUCUCAAUUAUAAUUCUUGUGUAGAUUAAAAAUCUGAAAUGAAAAUCCAACGAACUGUUGCUUUUACCAGCUUAACUGUUGCAUGAAUUCUUUUUAACUUAUAUUAGCCACUGUGUCUCCCAGUUUUCCCUCAAUUAAGCAGUUUUGUUUGUUUGUUUGUUUUUUGUUUUUUCUUUCAAAACUGGGCUCGAGUUCUUUUACUGAUGCAGUCAUAUAAAAUUCACCAAGGCUACAAACUUUAAAAAUUUUGCAAGACAUCUAUUAUAUAGUCAUUCAAGUGGCAUGGAAGGAAUAAUGAAAGUUUCUAAAUGUUUCAACAAAAUUAAAAAAUGAUAAAAGUAGAAUUUUUUAAAUUUUUUUUAUUUUAUUUUAUUUUAUUUUAUUUUAUUUUUUUUUUUUUGCAUAAUUUUAAUUUUGUUCCAUAAGUACUGAAACCAUCUGAAAUUAUGAUUUUUCUUUGACUAACUCUACGCACAAAACCAAUUUUCUAUAGCACUGAGGGACCUUGCUCUCAAUGCGUUAAAAAUUAGAAAGAAAGAAACACGAGGUCGUACUUCAUCCUUUACUUCUAUGCUACUUGGGCAAAAAAAAUUAGUCAUCUUAAAUGGUCAAAAGAACUUCUGUCUAAAGGGGGAAAAAUAAUAAGGCGUUACUGUUACCUACUUAUUACGCUUAACAAUUGUUUCGUUCUUUAAUUGUGUCCAAGCGUAUGAGAUGUAUUUAUUUUUCAUUUGUAAAUUUUAUUCUGUUGUUUGAACAUCCUGUAAAAUGACAAAAAAAUUUUAGUUCAUGAAAUCUCAAAUAAAUAUUUUGAACUUUCCAAUAAGAA